AUGGCGCCAGAACCUGAAACCAUGCUGCCAACACCAAAGAUAACGUUGUUUCCAGCACAUAGUAUACAGCUGGGUUGGAGAAAGAACGAUUGUGUAGGUCGUGGAAUGACUAACGUUGGUAAUACCUGCUACCUCAAUUCAGCCUUACAGGCGUUAUUCCAUGUACCGGCAUUUGUCCACUGGCUCUGCAGUGAUAAUAGCCAUCGCAGCAAUUGUGCAGGUGUUAAUGGGUCAGUGAAAGACGUGUGCAUCAUCUGUGCAAUGAACAAGACUUUCAAAGCGUCAAGGAAGAAUAGAGACACUAGCAUAAAACCGCUCUUGAUAUACAAGGAAUUACAGUUCAUCAGCGAGGACCUUGAACCUGGUCAGCAAGAGGACGCCCAUGAGUUCAUGUGUUAUCUUCUGGGAAGUAUGAAAGAAUCCUACCUAACAAGCUACAAAGACUGCAUGUUGGACAGUUACAGCAUGGAAACUACGCCUCUGAAUCAAAUAUUUGGAGGUUAUAUCAGAACAGAAGUGACAUGUUCGCAGUGUGGUAGUGUGUCCACAACAUUUCAGUACUGUCAAGACUUUAUUCUGGAUAUUCACGAUACGUCCACAUUGGAUGGUGCUUUGGCAGCCUACUUCAGCGAAGAAUGCCUAGAUGGGGAUGAUGCUUAUUGGUGUGAACAGUGCCACAGGAAAGUUUCAGCUACAAAGAAAUUUUCUUUGGAGAAACCACCUCAUGUUCUGUGCAUACAAAUCAAGAGGUUCGACAUCAUGGGAGAAAAGAUUGACAAACACAUUUCGUUCUCCCUGAGACUGGAUCUUACAAGGUUCCUUUGUCCUCGGUCAGCUCACCAUGGCCCAGCACCACUUAAAUAUCGUCUUGUUUCCAUGGUCAUACAUGAUGGCCCAUCAAUCCACUGUGGCCACUACACUGCAGUGGCACAGACUUCUAUGGGUCGGUACUAUAAAUUUGAUGACAGUUUGGUGCAGGCUAUCUCAUCGUCAGUGGUCCUUGGCUCUGAUGCAUAUAUUAUGAUGUAUGAGCGUGAACCUGCAGGUCCAUCAGUGCCACAGAAGAGUGCUGCAUCCACCACUGCAACUUGUGCUGUCAAUGGACAGAAAACCAGCUCAUCUCCACAGGCACCUGUCAGCCACAAGAAUGUAUCAGUGGUGAAUCAUAGGCAAGGCUGUGGUUCUGUUUCUCCUAUAUACACAUGUGCUUCAUCUCCCUCAUCAGCAAAAGGUGAGUUGACUUCUAGUGACUCAAUGGCAGCACAACAUUGCUCAUGGGAUAAGCCUAGCCUUGGAGAAGUGAGCCCUCCCUUCCGGCAAUCCUCAUCAAAAUGUAAGAGACCAUUUGCUCAUAAGUCUUGUUGCCCAGACAGUGAUGUGACUGCCAAUGACAUGAAAUUGUUAGAAGAUGACUCAAAACUCUUGAAAUCUCAUACUGGCAAUGCGACAGAUGUUGAAAGUGGNUUUUCCGAUUUCUAUUGGUUCGCUUACAUUAUUGUCUGA